AUUCCUUCAGUACCUACCGAUUAUUUUAUUACGUAACGCUGUAUUUAUUUACACAUCCGAUCUAAUCGCCAGGGUUUUAACCGAGGUUGUUUUCUACUAAUUACAAGAAUUAAAGAUGGUAGCCGACAAAAUAGCGUUUGUAACAGGCGCUGGAAGCGGUAUAGGCAGAGAAGUAUGUCGUAUUUUAGCAAGACAAGGAGCUAAGGUUAUUACUGCAGACCGAAAUUUAACGACUGCUCAAGAAACUAUUGAAUCUUUGAAUGACUCCAAACAUUUGGCACUAGACUUAGAUGUCUCAAAUUCUUCCAGCAUUAAACAAGCAUUUAAAAAUGCAAUAAGUACAUACUCUACACCGCCAUCUAUUAUAGUCAAUUCUGCAGGCGUUACUCGCGAUCAAUUUAUAUUGAAACUUACCGAAGCAGAAUUUGAUCAAGUGCUGGAUGUUAAUUUGAAAGGGACAUUCCUUGUUAUUCAAACUGCAGUAAAAGCAAUGAUUGAAGCAGGUACAAGUAAAGGGGGCUCGAUUGUUAAUGUGAGUUCUAUUAUUGGGAAAAUAGGAAACAUUGGUCAAGCUAAUUAUGCAUCAUCAAAAGCUGGUGUAGAAGCUCUUACAAAAACUGCUUCAUUAGAAUUUGGACAAUUUGGGGUUCGUGUUAAUGCAGUACUACCAGGCUUUAUAGACACUUCCAUGACACAGACUGUGCCUGACAAUGUGAAACAAAUGUUCGUAAAACGAAUACCCCUUGGUCGAAUGGGAAAACCAGAAGAAGUAGCAGAAGUUAUAACAUUUUUAGCAUCUAGCAAAAGUUCCUAUAUCAAUGGUGCAUCUAUUGACGUUACAGGUGGAAUGCAUUGAGGCCAUAUUUUUUUCAUAAAGGCAGAUAUUUUUAUAAUUAUAUAUCUAUACAAACAUAACAAUAAAAACAAUUGUAAAUGAAGUGUCCCAAAUUUUGUUAACUAUU